UGGUGGUGUGUCUGUGUGUGGAGGGGGGCCGGGGCCAGGGACGCCCGGUCAGGCCUGGGUCUGGUGGGCGGGGGCGGCGGCGGAGCGGCUCAGAGCGGGAGUGCUCUCGGCGGAGAGUUAGAGUUGUUGCCGAGCUGGGUUCUGGUGACAGCCGGGCGCGGAGCUGGGAGCGCGCCGAGCCUCAGUCUCCUGCCGCCUCCUCGCCCUCCAUUCCACUCUCCCCGCCUUCUCCGGGCCUUGCCUCUGCCACCGCCUCCCGGGGAACCGUAGCUGAGGGCGAGCGGCCGGAGCGGGCGUGGAGGCGCGGGGCGCCUGGGCGUAGGGGAGCGCGCCGGGCCCAGCCCGGGAUCAGAUAGCAGCAGGCGGGGGAGGGGUUGGAUCGGCCGCACGAGCUGCCGGACGGAGGGACGGAAGCCAACCGCGCCGACCGGAGCGUGCGCCCCGCGACCGGGGGCGCCGUCCAGGCGCGCGCCCCCGACCCGCGGCUGGACCAGGGCGAUCGGCGGCCCAGACCGACGCGCCCCUCAGCAUGGAGCGCCCCCGGGGGCUGCCCUGAGGCGGCGGCAGCGAUGCAGGCAGCGCGGCGGCUGCCGGGGCCAGGAACAGCCGCCCGGAGCUCGGAGGACGCGGAGCGCGCAGUGCCCAGGGCACUGACCGAGGGUCUUCCAGCCACUGAGGCCUCUCCAGCUGGUGGGGACAUGGCAGCCACUGCUAGUGCAGCCUUGAAGACGAUCACUUGCUUGGUGAGCACCGUUACUUAGAAGAUAGAGUUCCAGAGAAGCUGCCCAACCCUGAGCCAGUCUGGGGUCGAGCGGGGUCCCGCUGCCCCCACCUCCUGGAUGACUGCGUCCGGCCGCACAAACCCCUACAGCAUCGUGUCUUCAGAGGAGGACGGGCUGCACCUGGUCACCAUGUCGGGCGCCAACGGCUUCGGCAAUGGCAAGGUGCACACGCGGCGCCGGUGCCGGAAUCGCUUCGUCAAGAAGAACGGCCAGUGCAACAUCGAGUUCGCCAACAUGGAUGAGAAGUCGCAGCGCUACCUGGCGGACAUGUUCACCACGUGCGUGGACAUCCGCUGGCGCUACAUGCUGCUCAUCUUCUCGCUGGCCUUCCUCGCCUCCUGGUUGCUGUUCGGGGUCAUCUUCUGGGUCAUUGCGGUGGCCCACGGGGACCUGGAGCCCGCGGAGGCGCACGGCCGCACGCCGUGCGUGCUGCAGGUACACGGCUUCAUGGCAGCCUUCCUCUUCUCCAUCGAGACGCAGACCACCAUCGGCUACGGGCUGCGCUGCGUGACCGAGGAGUGCCCGGUGGCCGUGUUCAUGGUGGUGGCGCAGUCCAUCGUGGGCUGCAUCAUCGACUCCUUCAUGAUUGGCGCCAUCAUGGCCAAGAUGGCGCGGCCCAAGAAGCGCGCACAGACGCUGCUCUUCAGCCACAAUGCGGUGGUGGCGCUGCGUGACGGCAAGCUCUGCCUCAUGUGGCGCGUGGGCAACCUACGCAAGAGCCACAUCGUGGAGGCCCAUGUGCGGGCCCAGCUCAUCAAGCCCCGGGUCACGGAGGAGGGCGAGUACAUCCCGCUGGACCAGAUCGACAUUGAUGUCGGCUUUGACAAGGGCCUGGACCGCAUCUUCCUGGUGUCUCCCAUCACCAUCCUGCACGAGAUUGACGAGGCCAGCCCUCUGUUCGGCAUCAGCCGGCAGGACCUGGAAACGGAUGACUUCGAGAUCGUGGUCAUCCUGGAGGGCAUGGUGGAGGCCACGGCCAUGACCACGCAGGCCCGCAGCUCCUAUCUGGCCAACGAGAUCCUAUGGGGCCACCGCUUUGAGCCUGUCCUCUUUGAGGAGAAGAACCAGUACAAGAUCGACUACUCGCAUUUCCACAAGACCUACGAGGUGCCAUCCACGCCCCGCUGCAGUGCCAAGGACCUGGUGGAGAACAAGUUCCUGCUGCCAAGCACCAACUCCUUCUGCUACGAGAAUGAGCUGGCCUUCCUGAGCCGUGACGAGGAGGACGAGGUGGACGGAGAGCAAGACAGCCUCGGCCCCCAGGCCAGGCGUGACUUUGACAGGCCGCAGGCCGGCACAGCCCUUGACCAGCGGCCUUACAGACGGGAGUCUGAGAUCUGAGCUGCCGUCGGUCAGCCGAGGUGCAGCAUCUGCCCCGCCAAGGAGAGGCCUGAGCCCCUUGAGGGCUCUGGGCCGGAGCAGGAUGAGCUUGGGCCCUGGUUGCAGACUCAGUAGCGUUUUAGAUGUUUUAUGUUUCUUUACAACGCCUGUGAAUGUUGGCGGGAGAGUGGGUGGCUUGUGCUGCCUCCGGGGCUGGGGCAGGCCCAGGGGUGGGGAGGUGGCCUCCGGGCACUGGUCUACAGGAGCCAGGGCCUUCUGCCUGAGGAGGGAGCUGCAGCCGUCCAGAGACGGCUGACCAGCCACCCGACCUCUGCGGGCGAAGGCCAGCAGGCAGUAGGGCGCCUCACUGGUUUUUACCUUGGGGAGAAACACCAGUUUUGGCAUUCUCAAUCUUAGUUUGAGUAAGACUGUUUACAAAAAAAAAAAUUAACAUGUGAUUGAUUUUUAUAAUUUGUUGCGGGGGAAAGAAGGACAGUUAGAAUUCUGUUAGUCUGCUAGGGUGCAAGCAGCUGAGUGGAGUUUCCAGCAAGUUCCCAGUGCUGGGCAGGCCUCUCUUCCGUGAAGAUGGCGCAUGUGCCUGAUGGUGCAGCCUGCAGGGUAGGCGUGGGGCUCACCCCCAUUCUUUAUGCUCACAAAGUGAAUUGGAUUUCGUUUGUGAUGGCAAUACCGAGACCAUGUUAAUGAUCCUAAUGGAAGCUUUCCAGUGUUACUGGGGUUGGGGUAAGGGCCAGGAAGAGUCUGGGAAGAACUUUGAAGUUUGACUCUGUGCCUCUGGCGAGGCGUGUCUCAGGGCCGGGAUGGGACCUAACCCCCAGCCACCUCCCACCCUGACCUGCCGGGUUCUCCUGUUUGUCUCUUUCCUUUUCUGCCCAGCGGCCUCUACCCCUUCCCCAGAACUGUGGGGGUGGAUGGCUCCAUGGGAAAGAGAGCUGGGUUCCCCAACUCCAAGGAAGUGUUUCAGCCCCAUCCCCACGGGGCCCCAGCAUGAGUCGUGCCUUAGAGACCCUGGGAGUCUGGCUCCAACUGUCACUGUUUUUAUUGGAUUCACGCGUCCUCUCCACAGCCCCCGACUCCACCAUACUCCUCUGUCUGCAGAGGUUGGGCUGACCUGGCACCCCACCCUCCCAAGGCGAGCAGUGCAGGUAUGCCCGGGUGGGGCCCAGCCGGGCUGUGCCCUGAUGCUGAACUCACAGGAGUGCCCUAGGAAAGGUGAGCUUGUCAGCACACACCUCUGGGUCGGGUAGAGGCUUGGGUUCCUUGUUUGUCACUGGCUUUUGGCUCUGCCAGCCCAAGAGCUGCCCAGCACAGGCUUGUUCUUGGAGAAAGCAGCUGGCAGGGGCCAGGCCUCAGGAUGGAGUCUGGACCUUUCCUGGGACUGCUGAGAGCAUUGUGCUCACGUAUGAUUGGGCUGUUCAGUCAUUAGAGAGCAGGCAUCUCCCCGGCCCACCUGCCCAGGUGCUGUGGGACAACUCAUGACCAGGAGGUGCUAGGACUCCGGCCCCUCCCCUCCUCCCACCCUGAGGCAGCUGGAGGCUUGCCCCAAGGUCAGGGGCCAUGCGGGGUCCUGGCACCAACUGUCCAUUCCCACCCAGACAGCCCUGCCCUGGCCUCAGAUCGCACCCUAACUUUCAGUCAGGAAUAGUCAAAAGGGUCAAUCCGAGGUAGAUGGAGGCGGCCCUUCCGCUCAAGAUCUACUGGAUGGGCCUCUCUCCUUCCCAGCCCUGAGCCCCGGGCUUCUUCAGCCUUAGUCCUGGGGGUGUGGGGUCCCCGUGGGAGCCAUGAGGGUAGCAGAUGGCCCUGGUCGCUUGGGGCUGGCACACAGGCCUGCCAGGCCAGCCCUCCACUCACCCCACCCAGGCCCCAGCUGUCUCGAGUGGCCUGGGGCACCUCCUCUCAGGCCUGUCCACCUCCCAGGCUCACACUGGACGGCUCAGGUCACAGACUCUGCAGGAGGGCCACUCCGAGCUGCCUUUCAUCUCUCACCAAAGGCAGAUGCUGUGUUUUCAAACUCCACUAUCUGCUUUUUGCCUCCUCUGUGUUUAUUUAUUUAUUUAUUGCUUGUGCUAAAGACCAAAAUAGUCUUCCUCUUUAGUGCCCUUGAAGCAGGAGGGCAGAUGGAGGAGCUGUGUGUGCAGAGGCAGGAUCAGGUGGUCCCUGGGGUGUGUGUGUGCCUGUGUGUGGGGUGUGGAGUGUGUGAACCCACUGGGUAUUCAGUGCCAUGUGCUCUGUGUGUGUGAGCACGUGUGUUGUGUGGGAGUCUGUGGGCACACAUGUGUAGGUCACAUGUGGCCUGUGUGCUAUACAGGUGGGUGUACAAACUUGCUCUGCCCCCGCCCCCUGGCAGUGGUAUUUCCAGGAAGCUUCCUGGCAGCCUGGGUCUGGUGGUGCGGAGGCUGGAGCUACCCAAGGCGCCCUCUGCCCUGAGAAAGCAAGCUGCUUACGUGGGGAGGGGCCUGGAGCCAAGUGUGUGAGAGCCGAGGUGUGAAUUCCCAUGUUGAGUCAUCUCAUCCAGGUGCCGGUGAAGUGUGUCCAGUGAUGGCUUUUCCUGGAAGUGCUCGAGUCUGUGCAUGGGAGUAUCCUGCAGAUGUGUGCCCACGACCAUCUCCACGUGUGUGUGAAUCCGGACAGGUGGUGUCUGUGGAUGAUACUACGUGUGUAUCUACCCAUGGGUCUAUUUGUAUGUUUGUUGGUUAAUCUGUUUCCAGGCUAUGGGGCUGGGCACACAGCACUGAGGACAGACCCCAGCUGUGGUCCCACCAGCCCUCUGCCCCGAUUCUGGCCACGUGGGCAUGUAAGGAGCAUGGGUGACAGGGUGAGGCUUCUGUGCACGUUGGCACAAGGUGACAGCCACACGAGUGUGUGAGUGUGCCACCUCCAAAGGUGAGCAUCUGUACAUGACUGCAUGUUAGGAGGCCUGUGUGCAUCUGUCUACAAACACAUGUACAUGCAUGAGCCAGGCUCCAGCAGCAGAGCUGCACCUGCCUGCCGAGGGUGGCGUGUGUGUGUCUGUGGGCCGCUCGUGUCCGGUCAGGCCCAGGUGUGUUUCUCAGAACACGGCGGCCCUGCCUGCCAUACCUGCUGGUGCUGUGCAGCCCAGUCCCUGCCCCCAGAGGAUCCCAGUGGGGGCAGGGGACCUGGUGGGAAGGAGGCCCCUGCAAAGGUCAAAUCGAUGUCAAAUAUAUUUUAAAUGGUGAAACGAG